GGGCCUUUUAUUAAGAAGCGUUCUUUUCAACAAAGUGUCGUUGAACUGUAAGGAACAAAUAGCAACUUGCUCGUACGACGCGGCGAUCUGAUUUUCCUUGUGCAAAUGUGGCACUGAAAGUUGAUUGCAUUAUUAUGAUGUUUUUCAGGUGUAAUACCCCAUUACUUUUUCGAGGUCCGGCGGGGAAAUACUUGUUUACGUGUAUAUUCUGCAUUGAAAAGGAGGUCCAACGGUUACGAUGAGUUUCAAUAUUCAAUAAUAAUAUUGUGACCGAAACGAUACCUCGUUCAUUAAAGCAGUAAGCUACUGAAAUUGGUUUUCUCACUGAUACAUGUGGUUUGAUAGAGGAAAGCUGAAAAUAGAAUUUGGUGAACGAGUGAUUUAAAUAAGCAACCUUUUUACUUUCUGUAAUACUCAACUACCAGAUCAAAUCAGAAAGAUGUUUUUUCGUCAAGUCACGAGCGUGGGCGGACAAAGAAAACAUUCUGAGUCUCCAUGAGGAAUUGAACCUCAGAUCAUUGGAUUCCGGGCCCUGAUGCUCUACCACAGAGCGACAGAGAUUCUUUAGAGAGCGAGGCCCAUUACGAAGUUCAUGUGUCAUGUUUUGUAAGGAAUAAGAAAGAUGACACAGUAUCCUUCGAAAAUCUGAUCAAGUUCUUUAUGUGUCUCCAACAAAAAUUGCACUGAAAAUCAGAACCAACAAAUCUCAAAACUGAGCACUGUGAGGAAUUUAGUGCAAACAGGUAACUUCCCCAGGUUUUAAGAAGAUCAUGGCCACUAGUAAGCGAUAUAUUCCUCCCAUGUCUAGAAGUAAAGGAACAGCAGGAGGAGCAGCAGAGUCGACGAGGAAAUUGGAUGACCUCGUUCAAGAUCUAAUUUUUACAGUGAAACUGGGGUCGAAAAAUCAUUACAGUGACCUUCCAUUUCCUGAAGUAACAGAAAAGGAUGAGAGUAACUCAAACAUUCAACAGUUUCAAUUUCCUUUCAAGGAAAAAGAACUACGAAAAUUGAUGCUGUGGUUCCGAGAAAUAGGUUGGAAGGACCAGAGUGCAGAGUUGCAGUUUCCGCCAGAUCUUGAAAAACUACAUCGGAAACAAGUUCAUGACAUUGCACAAAGCUAUGGUCUGGGAACUUCCAGCAAAGGCUUUAAUGAAAAGCGUUUUAUAAGUGUAUACUCAAUUGAAAAUGCUACUCUUGGUGUUGGUAAAAACUACUUGACCAAGGAAGAAAAGGAAAAAGCCAAUACCAUCUGGAGACUUGUCAAACAACAAGGAGAGGAAGAAAAAUAUAAAAACUUUAGUCACAAUGAGAUUGAUGAGAUGGUUCUUGCAAAUAGCCUUGAUCCAUUACUUAAAGAGUUGUGGGAAAAGAGAGAAUCCUUACUAGUAGAUGACUUCCAAGAAAAGUCUAAAGUUACUGAUGAGUAAUUCAAGCCUUAGUUUGUGUUGUGUCAAUUUCACUUUAAGUUAUUUAUUCAUCUGAUAGUCUCCUACACAUUGGUUUGUUUCCACUUCAGAGAUACUUCAGCAUAAUGGUUAAUCUUAAUCUGAUAUUCUUUGUGAAAGCUAUUUAGUGGGGGAACAAUUAAAGUUAUGUGUAUUUUCUUCCAUGGAAGCUUCAGUAACUGUGAAAAAGAACAGAAAUGUUAACUCUCAAAGUGGAUAUCCGGAGUAACAAUCUUUCAUUUCAAGAGAACUAUUCUCUGACUUCCUCACCCUAUACCCUAAUUUUGUCUUCAUAUACCAUACUUUCACAAAUAAGUAUAACAUUUGGGCUAAAAGGAGUGGUGGUUAUUGGAAGGAGGGUGCUUAAUC